CCAAGAUGGCUGCGCCCUUGCCGAAGUGCUGAAGAAGUGCCUCUCCGGAGAAAUUCUAGGGAUUUAGUGUGAUUUCCGCAAAAACCAUCGUACCAAAUCGGCUAGCAGCGACGCUGGUUUGUAGAAAAAGACCGUCCGACCCCAGUCAUCCCUAAGUGUGACCGGUGCUCCGUGUGGCUGUGGCAGACUGUCCGUGUGAAGAUGGGCCUCGUCUUCAGCCCCUUCCCAUAGCGAAGAGCCGUGGGGAGAGGAGCCGCAGAUUCCCCUGCAAACACGCACCCGUCCAACUCGGAUUUGACGGAUUUGACUUGUUAUACAGGCUGUGGACGCUGCCCUACAAUUUUCUGACACGAAUUGUUUGUGCGACUGUGUCUGUCAUCGUCCGGAGACGGAGAGGUUCCCCAGUCCGGGCUGACAAUCCCACCGCACCAAGGGCCCUGAUGAAAAUGGACUCAGACUUGCUUCAUUCAUCGGCCGUGGGCCUCGCUGAAGAAGAGGAGGCCGAUAUGAAUGACUGGAAACUCCCCCUGGCCUUCAUGAAGAAACGGCACUCGGAAAAGAUUGAAGGCUCCAAGGCCUUAGCACAGAGCUGGAGGAUGAAGGACAGGAUGAAGACGGUGAGUGUAGCGCUGGUGCUGUGUCUCAAUGUUGGAGUGGACCCUCCUGAUGUGGUCAAGACGUCCCCCUGUGCCAGAUUAGAAUGUUGGAUAGAUCCACUGUCGAUGAGUCCACAGAAAGCUCUAGAGACUAUCGGGGCCAACUUACAGAAGCAAUACGAAAAUUGGCAACCAAGGGCGCGUUAUAAGCAGAGUUUGGACCCCACAGUGGACGAGGUGAAGAAGCUGUGCACGUCACUGAGACGCAAUGCCAAAGAGGAGCGGGUCCUUUUCCACUAUAAUGGCCACGGGGUUCCACGACCCACUGUCAACGGAGAGAUCUGGGUUUUUAAUAAGAACUACACCCAGUACAUCCCGCUGUCGAUCUACGACCUGCAGACAUGGAUGGGGAGCCCGUCCAUUUUUGUCUAUGACUGCUCCAACGCUGGAAUCAUUGUCAAGUCCUUCAAACAGUUUGCGCUGCAGCGGGAGCAGGAGCUGGAGGUUGCAGCCAUCAAUCCCAGCCACCCCCUGGCCCAGAUGCCGCUGCCCCCUUCCAUGAAGAACUGCAUCCAGCUGGCGGCAUGUGAAGCCAGUGAACUGCUGCCUAUGAACCCCGACCUCCCCGCUGACCUGUUCACCUCCUGCCUCACCACGCCCAUCAAGAUCGCCCUUCGAUGGUUUUGUAUGCAGAAGAGUGCCAAGCUGGUGCCAGGGGUGACGUUAGACCUCAUCGAGAAGAUCCCUGGCAGGCUCAACGACAGGCGCACUCCCCUCGGAGAGCUCAACUGGAUCUUCACCGCCAUCACCGACACCAUCGCCUGGAACGUGCUUCCCAGAGAUUUGUUCCAGAAGUUGUUUCGUCAGGACCUGCUGGUGGCCAGCUUGUUCCGCAAUUUCCUGUUAGCAGAGAGGAUCAUGCGGUCAUAUAACUGCACGCCUGUCAGCAGUCCACGUCUGCCUCCUACAUACAUGCACGCCAUGUGGCAAGCGUGGGAUCUGGCCGUGGACAUCUGCCUUUCUCAGCUACCCACCAUCAUCGAAGAGGGCACCGCCUUCAGACAUAGCCCAUUCUUUGCGGAGCAGCUGACAGCGUUUCAGGUGUGGCUGACGAUGGGUGUGGAGAACAGAAACCCUCCUGAGCAGCUGCCCAUUGUACUACAGGUCCUCCUGAGUCAGGUGCAUCGGCUGCGAGCUCUAGACCUGCUCGGCCGUUUUCUGGACCUGGGACCCUGGGCCGUCAGUCUGGCUCUGUCUGUAGGGAUCUUCCCUUACGUGUUGAAACUGCUCCAGAGCUCCGCUCGAGAGCUGAGGCCCCUCCUGGUUUUCAUCUGGGCUAAAAUCCUGGCUGUGGAUAGUUCAUGUCAGGCUGAUCUGGUAAAAGACAACGGGCACAAGUACUUCCUGUCUGUCCUCGCUGACAAUUACAUGCCGGCCGAGCAUCGAACCAUGGCUGUCUUCAUCCUGGCUGUAAUCGUCAACAGCUACAACACGGGACAGGAGGCCUGUCUACAGGGUAACCUAAUAGCCAACUGCCUGGAGCAACUGUCAGACCCCCACCCCCUGCUGCGCCAGUGGGUGGCCAUUUGUCUGGGCCGAAUCUGGCAGAACUUCGACCCGGCGCGCUGGUGCGGAGUUCGUGACAGCGCCCACGAGAAGCUCUACACUCUGCUGUCAGAUCCCAUCCCAGAGGUGCGAUGUGCGGCUGUCUUUGCUCUGGGUACGUUUGUUGGAAACUCUGCAGAGAGGACGGACCAUUCCACCACCAUCGACCACAACGUGGCCAUGAUGCUCGCCCAGCUCAUUAAUGACGGCAGCCCUGUGGUCCGCAAGGAGCUGGUCGUGGCGCUGAGUCAUCUGGUGGUCCAGUACGAGAGCAAUUUCUGCACAGUCGCCCUCCAGUUUAUAGAGGAAGAGAAGAACUACACAGUGCCGUCACCAGCCAACACAGCAGAGCCUGGUAACCUUACUCCGGUGAGGGACAGCCCGGCCAUCCCACGCCUGCGAUCAGUCAACUCCUACACCAACAUCCGAACUGCUACAACCGCCCGCAACCUGAACAAGAGUCUGCAGAACCUCAACCUUAAUGAAGAAGGUGGACCGGCAGCCUUCUCUCCGGGAAACCUGAGCACCAGCAGUAGCGCCAGCAGCACCUUGGGGAGCCCCGACAACGACGAGUACAUCCUGUCCUUUGAGACCAUCGACAAAAUGAGACGAGUGUCCUCCUAUUCUUCCCUCAACUCCCUCAUAGGUGUGUCCUUCAACAGUGUUUACACUCAGAUCUGGAGAGUCCUGCUGCAUCUCGCUGCAGAUCCAUUCCCAGAAGUGUCAGAUCUGGCCAUGAAGGUCCUCAACAGCAUCGCAUACAAGGCAACGAUGAAUGCUCGACCGCAGAGGAUCCUGGACUCUGGAUCUCUCACCCAGUCAGCCCCUGCAAGCCCCACCAGCAAGGGCACGCACAUCCACCAAGCUGGCGGGUCUCCUCCGAUGCCCAGCACCAGCAGCUCCAGUCUGACCAAUGAGGUGCCCAAACCCCCGGCCAGAGAGCAGCCGCCCACGCGCCCACCGUACACCCCCACACUGGGAGGACAGCCACCUCACUCCCACCAGUUCCCCCGGUCUCGCAAAAUGUUUGACAAGGGCCCAGAGCAGGCAACUGAAGAUGGGGACGAGCCGGGGGGUCACAGGAACUACAUCAGUCCCGCCCUACAGACGGGCCUGUGUGAUUGGAGCGCCAAAUAUUUUGCUCAGCCUGUCAUGAAGAUACCAGAGGAGCAUGACCUGGAGAGUCAGGUGAGGAUGGAGCGGCAGUGGAGGUUCCUGAGAAACACCCGUGUGAGGAGGCAGAGCCGAAGCAUCACACAAAGAGGUAUUUCCCGUCUGGAUGAUCAAAUAUUCAUCAACCGUAACCCCGGCGUUCCAUCUGUUGUGAAGUUCCACCCCUUCAACACUUGCAUCGCCGUGGCCGACAAGGACAGCAUCUGCUUCUGGGACUGGGAGAAGGGCGAGAGGCUGGACUACUUCUACAAUGGAAACCCACGCUACACUCGCAUCACCGCCAUGGAGUACCUGAACGGACAUGACUGCUCAUUACUGCUCACUGCUACAGAUGACGGAGCGUUGCGGAUCUGGAAGAACUUCGCUGACCAGAAGAAUCCAGAAAUGGUAACAGCGUGGCAGGGGCUGUCCGACAUGCUGCCCACCACCCGAGGUCAGCCCCCCGGCAGCGCUCACAGUCUGGCCAGAAGGGUCUCCAUCUAUCUUGACAGGAGUAAGCAAGGAGGUGCAGGCAUGGUCGUGGACUGGGAGCAGGAGACGGGUCUCCUCAUGACGUCAGGUGAUGUCCGAGUCAUCAGGAUCUGGGACACUGACCGAGAGAUGAAGGUCCAGGACAUCCCUACUGGUGCCGACAGCUGUGUGACCAGCCUGUCCUGUGACUCCCAGCGCUCCCUCAUCGUGGCCGGUCUCGGUGACGGUUCUGUUCGUGUCUUUGACAGGAGGAUGGGUCCAAACGAAUGUCGGGUGAUGACGUACAGAGAGCACGGAGCCUGGGUGGUCAAAGCCCAUUUACAGAAGGAAACAGACGGACACAUCAUCAGUGUCAGUGUGAACGGUGAUGUUCGAUUCUUCGAACCCCGGACACCGGACUCCAUCAAUGUGCUACAGACGGUGAAGGGGUUAACGGCGCUGGACAUCCACCCUCAGGCCAACCUGUUCGCCUGUGGAUCCAUGAACCAGUUCAUCGCCGUCUACAACGCUAACGGCGACGUCAUCAGCAACAUUAAGUACUACGACGGCUUCAUGGGACAAAGAAUCGGGGCCAUCAGCUGUUUAGCCUUUCAUCCAUACUGGCCCCAUUUGGCCGUCGGCAGCAAUGACUACUACAUGUCCAUCUAUUCAGCAGAGAAGAGGCUCAGAUAACACACCAGCAUUCUUCACCCCUCCCCCUCCCACCAAAUCCCACAUAUGACUUCUGACCCUGGGCUCAGAGCUCUGGGAUGUAAAUGAUAUUUUUUUGUACAUAUGCAAUUACCACCCUGAAUGUUCUAGUGAUGGCUGCUGAAAAAAACUCCUGCUAGGAACGACCCUCUAUAGAUUUAUUGAUACACAUCAAUAUAUAUAUAUAUAUAUAUAUAUAUAUAUAUAUAUAUAUAUAUAUAUAUGUAUAUAAUUGAUUGUCAUCAUUGUUUAUUCAUAUUCUUACUAUGAAGCUAAUGAUUGUAGACUUGGCUAUGCUGAGGAGUGUGUAUAUUUAAAUAGAAGAGGUUCUAUUUUAAAGUUCUAGGGUUCCCAGCUCUCACUGGGGCUCUUCCUCAACGUGCAGCGAGCAUCACUACCUGAAAGAACUGUCGCCCUGACAAACCACAAAGUGGCGAAGGAGGAAAACACCCACUGUUGGAACAUGUUCACAGACCCACUGGACCCUGCACCAGACCCUGCUGCGUUUUCAUUUCAGCGUCUGACUCACGGGCCUGACGCCUGAGCGUGUCCACUUUGCUGCGCCGCUGGUGAGGCGUCUGAACAGACCAGAGACGGACUGGACUCAUUUCUGCCUGAUGCCUCCACCGGCCAGACGUCAUGAGUGUGUGUUUGUAUGUGUGUGUUAAAUGGAUUAUAGCACAGAUGUGCCCCACAGUGGGACUUAACAGCCUCUGACACCCCAAAAAAAUGCCUGCGUCCAAGCUAGGACGUCUUCCUCCCUUCCCCUCAGCGUGCCAAAACGUAUUUUCCUUGCAAGCUCCCGACAGGUGUUUUUUUUUUUUUUUUGUUUUUUUUUCUUCCAGCCUGUUAUAAGGGAAAGCCUCCACCACCCCAAGGAGAAGACGUACUGUCUUAGGUAGCAAACUAAGACCAGAAAUGGAAAAACAGGAGCUUGCCUACCUGUCGUGCUAAGCAAUAAACUUCCCCCACAAUCGAUCGUCAAGCCCCGCCUCACACUUUUGUGGUAAAAACAGUUCUUCAGCUUGAAGGUGACAACAGCAUCACAUGCCAUUAAUAAGUCUAGUCUCUAUAAAUUUACCCUAGCACUAGCUUUUCCACAGAACUCACCCUGAGUCCUGCAGCACCGCAGGAGGUGCAGCCACAUAGCAAUACAAACGAGCCCCUCCACUCACAGAAGUGAAUUUAUUGCACAGUUUUUAUGUUGAGUGCCAGUGACAGGAACAUAACGUGCUGCACACUUUUAAUCCCCCUCGGCCAAAUAUAGUGGAAGAUUGUGGUGAAAGGUACUGCCCUGUAAUUUAGAUUAGACUGUCUUUGUGUAAAAGCUAAGAUGCGUCCACAGUAUAAAUUUGGUGCAGAUAUUUCAGUGUAUUCUUCAGAUAAUGUGAUUAUGUCGUUGAAUAGACCGACGACAAAAGGGGGUUAAAACUCUAAGUUUAAUUGAUUUUCCUGUGACUGUCUAAAUUCCCUGCUAAUCACUGAGUGUCCAUAUCCUCUCUGUGCUGUAGGUGGAUGUGGUGAAUGAAGCCCUGCUCAUGCAUUUUGCCUGGCAGGUCCACCCUGGGCCAUCUGAGCUCUUCUGGUUUUUUUCAUUUUGUAGUUUCAGCUUCGACUGUCAGGACCCCCUGGAGUCCACACACAAACCCUCCAUCCCACUGUUUGGACGGUUUUUGAUAAAACCUACUUUAAAGGAUUUUUUUCUUCUUCUCAUCGUUGAGUUUUUAUUUUGCUUUUAUUGCCGGAGUUGUUUUGUUUGAGCUUGUUUCUAGCGGAGGGAGGAGGAGCGUGCAUUAAAUGUGAGUCUGCAGGUUCUGGAGCGGUCCCAGACCUGCGGGACCGUCACUUUUACACUGUACCUGUACACAGCGUCUGUACCACAUGUUAGUCAGUGUCCAAAAUCUCGCUCAGGUAUGACAUGAGCCACCCGAAGCCGCUGUCACAUGACUGCCAGACGGAGCAGAGGUCUGGUCACAUGACCCGGCAGAAGGAAAGCGCCAUGUCAUUGUGCUGCUUCUCUGCGUUUUCUUUCUUGUGCAGUUUCACCGUCGACGUGCCUCUCCUCUACAGCUGCAGCGUUGCUUCUUUAGCUUUGUUUUUUUUGUUUUCAACUGUUCUUGUUCUCAGUUUUGUAAUUUUUGUGUUUUUAAUUCCGCUCUCAGAUUAUCAGUGUUUUUGCCUCAGUGAGGUGAGGGGUAACAGGGCGGGGAUAAGGCCUCACACAAACUGAAGACUUCUGACCCUCUGCCCCUUCUCAUUUCCCCCCACACCCACCUCACCCCUCUGCGCCCGAUCAUCCACCAGCUUUGCUUUCUCCCGCUGACCUCAAACACAUCACCGGUAAACUGGAGAAUCCUGUGCUGCGGUCCCAGCUGAACUCCUGCGGCCUCAGUCACAUGGGUCUGUUCUGUUAGCGGUACCGAGCGGCUGCUGCGCUCAAACAGCGGCCCGUCGUCUGCUUCCCCAAGUCGGACACAAGAGACUAUGUUCUGGAAACUCCCCCAGUGAGAAAGAAUCCCAUUCAUCUCUAAGUAUUCCUUUGAGUUUUAAGAUUUUAGAUCUGGAGAUAAAGAAGAGACUGUAACAGCGUAGUAGAAAGGAAACCUGAAAACAAUCUGGUUUGUCGCUGUGACAGACUGCUUUGCUGACUGUGGUUUAUAAAUACGGGAGAUGAAUCAGCGAAAUAAACCAAAUACAACACC